UCGCUUUCAGUCGCCGGUGCCGAAGGGGAGCGCGGCGCACGCCGAGGAGGCUCUGGGGACCCGGGGCGCCCCUCCGAACCCGCUGCCGCACAUGGCGCCCACCGGCCUCUGGGCCACGCUGGCCGUCGGACUGCAGCUCUGGGCGGCGGGGCACGCCGUCCCCGCCCAGGUUGCACGGGCGCCCUACGCCCCGGCACCUGGCAGCACGUGCCGGCAGAACGAGUACUACCAGGAGACGGCGCAGGUCUGCUGCAGCAAGUGUGAGCCUGGCCACCAUGCCAAACAAUUGUGCACCCAGACGGCCGACACCGUGUGUGUCCCCUGCGAGGUCAGCACCUUCACCCAGGUCUGGAACGUGGUGGACGAGUGCAUGAGCUGCCGGUCCCGCUGCGAGGCCGACCAGGUGGAAACCCAAGCCUGCACGCAGAAGCGGAACCGCCUGUGCACCUGCAGGCCCGGCUGGUACUGCGCGCUGAAGCAUCAGGACAGCUGCCGGCAGUGCCUGGCGCUGCGCAGGUGCCCGCCCGGCUUCGGCGUGGCCAGGCCAGGAACUGCAACCUCAGAUGUGAGGUGUGCCCCUUGUCCCCGAGGGACGUUCUCCAACACCACUUCAUCCACAGACGUCUGCAAGCCCCACCGCAUCUGUAGCUUGGUGGCCAUCCCUGGCAGUGCAAGUGCAGAUGCGGUCUGCGAACCUGUGUCUUCUACCCUGGGAGAGGCCCCGGGGACAGUCCGCACACCCCAGCCGGUGUCCACAAGAUCCCAGCCCCUGGAGCCAACUCCAGGGCCCAGCAUGGCUCCGUCCACCUCCCUCCUCCUGCCCGUGCAGAACACAGAUUGGAGCAGCGUCUCUCUUCCAAUUGGACUGAUUGUGGGGCUGACCGCCCUGGGCCUGCUGGUGAUAGGACUGGUGAAUUGUGUCAUUGUCGCCCAGAAGAAGAAGCCCUCCUGCCUGCAAAGAGGAGCCAAGCCUCACCUGCCGGCCGACGAGGGCCAGAGCGCGCCCGGCCUCGAGCAGCAGCACCUGCUGACCACGGCACCCAGCUCCAGCAGCAGCUCCCUGGAGAGCUCGGCCAGUGCCGCGGACAGAGGCGCGUCCCGCGGGCCCCAGCCGCAGCCGCCCGGCACGGAGGAGGCCAGCCAGUCCAGGGAGGCCCAGGCCAGCCCCCGGAGCUCAGAGUCCUCCCCUGGCGGCCCCGGGACCCAGGUCAGCGUCACCUGCAUCGUGAACGUCUGCAGCAGCUCCGACCACGGCUUGCAGUGGUCUCAAGCCAGCUCCACAGCGGGGGACCCGGACAGCAGCCCCUCGGGCUCCACGAGGGACGAGCAGGUCCCCUUCUCCAAGGAGGAACGCCCCUUUCAGUCCCAGCUGGAGACCCCAGAAACUCUGCCGCAGAGCUCGGAGAAGCCCCUGCCUCUUGGUGUGCCCGAUGCUGGCAUGAAGCUCAGUUAACCAGACUGACUGGGCCAUGUCACUGCCAGAGUGGGCUGACCCCUGCUGAGGGACCCCAGUCCUUAUAUUCCCACCCCCCAGGACUCUGGCCCUUUCUGGGCCAAGUUCCUUUAGUGACAUCCACAGCCCUGGCCUCCCUCUCACCAGCAGGCUGAGUGGAGGGGAGGCAGCCAGCGUGGCGGAAGACCUCUGCCAUCGUGCUGUGUGCCCUUCUGGAAGGGCCGGCUGGGCAGACUGAGGGCAGCCAGACAAGCCCUUGCCACUGUGGACCAGCUGGACCCGGGAGCUUGGCUGGAGCCCUCGAGGGUUGGGUCUGGUUUGGUUUUCAGCUGACUCUGGCCUCCUGGAGGUCCCAGCAUCCUCCCUUCCCAGGAGCUCGCUGGGGAAGAGGGUGCUGGGGGAAUCACCCGCGGGGAAAGGACGCUUCGGUCUGCAUGCUGAGGCCACAGGAUGGUCCCAGCAGGGGAGGCUGUGAUCAGAGGGUUCUGCGUGGGGAGGAGGCGGCAACCCUGGAGGGGACAGGAGUCCCUCAGGUUAGCUCCGGACUCCUGGAAAGUACCAACUCCACAUGGCUUCUUCCAGCUUGUCCUUCUGUUCUUAGACGUGAACGUUAGAUUCCGAGGCCCCAGGUAGGCCGCUUACUUUGCUGCGUCCUGGGCAGGAUGACAGACGUUGGGUGGGGGUUGUGCUCAGUGGCAGAAUAUGUGCUUAGCACGUUGAGGCCCGGGUUCCAGCCCCGCACCGUCCGCAUCGUGAGUACCGCACGGACAGGACAGGAAACCCGGCGUCUUGCAUGCCCUUUGCAUCCUCCGGCGUCCCCAGGGCUCUUGCCCUCCUCUCGGGGUCUGGUGAGCCAGGCAAAGGCCACUCCUCCUGUCAGGGAACUUCAGGGGCUGGAGAGGUCCCAGGCCCCACAGCCGUCUUCCUACCUCAGCCUGGACCUUCCUUCAGCCUCCGGAGGGGUGUGCUCCCCACCCCGGCCCAGGGGAGCUGCGGAGCCACCUUGGCACUGUGCCUGCUGUGAUCCUGCGUGGACGUGAGAGUGAGAGCCAGUCCUGUCUGUCGUGUGUCAUGUCCACGGAGCUGGUGAUGUCGUGUUGACUGCCCAGCCCCGAGCCUCUGAGGGGAUGAUUCUGCCAAGGAGGUCUUUAGCAUUCAAGAGUCAGCCCGCUCCCGGGCCCUGCGGAGGGUGCACCUGAAUGGCCUUGACCAGAUCCUGGAAGGAAGGGGCUGGGAGGUUGCUUGAGAGGCCAGUUCAGUCUCAGGUACUUGGAUCCCUUGUUGAUACAUUCCACUGGAUUUGAACUUGGCAGCUGAACUGUGGGAGGCUGGGAGAGCCCAGCUGUUACCAUGGAGACAAGAAGGGCUUCCUACCUCUGAGUCAAGAUGUCAGACUGCCGGACCACCUGGUCUGCUGAGGCUGUGGAGCGUGUCUGCCCCCUGGUGGGCAGACCUGGCAGGAUCCCAGGCUUCCUCGGCAUUGCCCUGCAGAGCAGGGCAGCUCGGUUGGAAGGACUGUUUCUGGAUGUGACCUCAGUUCCCCACUUGUGUUGACUGAUCCCAAGAGAAUGAAAGUUUGCACUGUUUGCUGGACAGCAUUGCCGCUUACAAAUAAACUUUGUUUGUUUUACA